GUCAUCUGCAUCAACAACCAUGUAUUUUGUUCAAUUUGUAUCGAUUUGUGGUUGAAAAAUAAUAGCCAGUGUCCAGCUUGCAGAGUCCCCAUCACUCCUGAAAAUCCUUGCAAAGAGAUUAUCGCUUUUCUUCUUAUUCCUUCUUCUGCCUUCAUUCAUUUAUAUCUAAGUGCUGUUUCAUAAAUUCUCUCAAGUAAAAUAGUUCAUCCAUCCUUGCAUUUGGAUAGAACAUCCUGAAAAAGAACAUCUAUAAAAUGCCUUUGCUAUCAUGAUGCCAAGAAGUACAAAAAAGGAGGAACAAGUGAAAGUGAACCUAUGCUAAGCCACACAGUCAGGAAGCACCUUCGGAAAACCAGACUUGAGUUACUCCACAAAGAAUAUGAGGAUGAAAUAGAUUGUCUUCAGAAAGAGGUAGAAGAGCUUAAGAAUAAAAAUCUCAGCUUGGAGUCACAGAUCAAGACUAUUCUAGAUCCUUUAACCUUGAUGCAGGGCAACCAAAAUGAAGACAAACAUCUAACUGCAGACAAUCCAAGUAAAAUUGACCCAGAAACUGUAGCAGAGUGGAAGAAAAAACUUAGAACAGCUAAUGAUAUCUAUGAAAAAGUGAAAGAUGAUGUGGAUAAAUUAAAGGAGGCAAAUAAAAAAUUGAAAUUGGAAAAUGGUGGCCUGGUGAGGGAGAAUUUACGACUGAAAGCUGAAGUUGAUAACAGAUCACCCCAGAAGUUUGGAAGGUUUACAGUAGCUGCUCUUCAGUCCAAAGUAGAACAGUAUGAACGAGAAACCAAUCGCCUCAAGAAAGCCCUGGAACGAAGUGAUAAGUAUAUAGAGGAACUAGAAUCUCAAAUUGCACAGCUAAAAAAUUCAAGUAAAGAGAAGGAAGCUAUGAAUUCCAUCUGCCAGAGAGCCCUUUCUACAGAGGGCAAGGGGAGCAAAGGCAGCCAGGAGGAUAUGACAUCAAAGAAUCAAGGUGACAGUGCUGAAAAGCAGCUUGGCUCCUCCACCUCGAGUUCUCACCUGGCAAAGCCUUCUAGCAGUUCUGCCAGGCAGGAAGGCACCAGCAAAACAGAACCAAAUUGUUCUAAGAACACAGACCUAUAUCAGAAACAAAUGGAAAUAAUGUUAAAUGUGACAGAUACAAGUAUGGAUACUUACUUGGAAAGCGAAUGGGGCAGUAAGCCAAGUGAUUGCGUACCCUACAAAGAUGAAGAACUUUAUGAUCUCCCAGCUCCUUGUACUCCUUUGUCCCUUAGUUGCCUUCAGCUCAGUACUCCAGAAAAUAGAGAGAACUCUGUAGUCAAAGCAGGAGGUUCCAAAAAGCACUCAAACCAUCUCAGAAAAUUGGUGUUUGAUGAUUUUUGCAAUUCUCCAAAUGUUUGUAAUAAAGAUUCUUCAGAAGAUGAUAGAAGUGAAAAUGAAAAGAAAUCAGAAUGUUUUACUUCCCCGAAGACAGGGUUUUGGGAUUGUUGUUCCACAAGCUAUGCCGAAAGCUUGGAUUUUGAAAGCUCAGAGGGGAACACAAUAGCAAAUUCUGUUGGAGAAAUUUCUUCAAAAUUGAGUGAGAAAUCAGGCUCAUGUUUAUCCAAGAGGUUGAAUUCUAUUCGCUCUUUUGAAAUGAAUCGGACAAGAACAUCCAGUGAAGCAUCAAUGGAUGCUGCUUACCUUGACAAGAUCUCUGAGUUGGAUUCAAUGAUGUCAGAAUCAGACAACAGCAAAAGCCCUUGUAAUAACGGUUUUAAGUCAGGGGAUUUGGAUGGGUUAUCAAAGUCAUCUCAAGGCAGUGAAUUUAUUGAGGAACCAGAUAAGUUGGAAGAAAGAACUAAACCAAACCUUCCUAAAGGUUCUCUAACUACUGAUCAGUUAGAAAAUGGAAAUGAAUGGAAACCCACUUCUUUUUUUCUCCUCUCUCCAUCUGAUCAGGAAAUGAAUGAAGAUUUUUCGCUCCAUCCCAGUUCUAACCCAGGAACUAAUGAAAUCAAACCCCCAAGCUGUUUGUUUCAGACUGAGUUUUCCCAGGGUGUUUUGUUAAGUAGUUCACAUCGGCUAUUUGAAGAUCAAAGGUUUGGGUCAUCUUUGUUUAAGAUGUCCUCAGAGAUGCAUGGUCUUCAUAACCACCUUCAGUCUCCUUGGUCUACUUCCUUUGUGCCUGAAAAGAGGAAUAAAAAUGUGAAUCAAUCAACAAAAAGAAAAAUCCAGAGCAGCCUUUCCAAUGCCAGUCCAUCAAAAGCAACUAAAAGUUGACUCAUUAGAAAAAUGUCAUUUAUGUUUUUGUCCUGAGAGGAAUAUGUUUUUAAAGUUACUUUCCCCGCCCCCCCCCCCCCCAUAAAAGUUCUGUACAAUUUUGAACUGAUAGUCUUUAGUCAGGUAUCAAGUUAGGGGGUGGAUUAGCCUGUACCCAGAAUACUUUUGUUAAUUUUGAAGAGUUUGUUCUUUUUCAGUUUCAUUUAGAGAUCUUUUUGACCAGAAAAAGUAGGGAGAGGGUUUCUUUUUCAUGAAUAUUAUGUGUAUCUGCUUUGAGUGUAUUUUUUCUUGAGUCUUGAUUGAACUGUUGGAUACAGUGGCUUAUUAAUGAGCCUCAGUUGUCUUCAGAACUUAACUUCUAGUGUUGUCUGCACACUGCUCAUAAGACACUUGAGUUUCUUUAAAGCUUUUCCUUGGUGGAAGUUAUUUUGCCUGUCCCUUUUUAUUUAUGUUUUGUGAUGGCCUAGCUUGUAUGCAAGACCAUGAUGGAGAAAUAGGACUCUGACCACAGUCCAAUAUUCAUUUACUUGUUUUUAGAUUUUACUGCAUUUUCAACAUUGUGUUUUGUCCAGUUUUUGGAAAAUGUUUUUGCUCAUAUGAAAAAAAUACAUUUUCUAUAUGAAAAUAUCUAUGUCAAGUAGCAUUCACUUGCUCAUCUUUCUGUGUGUUUUGGGAAUCAGAAAUAGAGCCUACUUUGGCCAGAGGGCAGGAAUAGUUAUGUUUGGAGGAACCUAAACAUGGUAGCUUCAUUAUUCCAGAUAGGUAUUGCAAAAGCACUCAUUGCAAAGUUCUUCAUCUACUUAUGUCCCAAGGGAGCUCUUUUGGGAAUAAUGAAUGUUUGCAUGUUACUGUUCUUUGAGGAAACUCUGUAUGCAUGGUAGCAUUCUUGCUUGCACUAUUUUCCUUACUUAAAAAGAGGUUUUAGUUGGCUAAUAUCUUCUAUGUAGGACAAAUUUUUUUUUUCAUGAAGACUGUUGAGGGGGUGAGAGCAGGUGAGCUAAGCACAAUUUUUAAUUUAGGCUCUAAAACGUGUAUUAUUCUAAACAUGUUUGGUAUGCCUAUAAAGGCCUUUAAAAAUGGUUUGUAUGCUAAUGACUUGUUUAUCUAAUGUGCACUGAACAUUUUACAUUAAUACUGUACUGUUUUACAUUAAUACUGCAUGCUUUUCUAUGUGAAGUGAAUAAAGUCUGUCAUAAACACUGUAA